GGGAAGCAGAAAGAGCGAGGCGCAAGCGGCGGGCAUGUAGCGGCAGAUCCCUCCAGCAGAGAGGCGCGGAGAGCCGGGCCGGGGCUCACGCGGCAGAGGGCGGGCUCGCGCCUUCUCCCGGGGAAGCCGGAGGAAGAGGAAAACCCGGCUUCGCCUGGCGGACCGCGCGGCCGUUUCCACGGGCAGCGGCCCCCCCGUCGGCGGCCGCAGCGUCGCUCGCUGCCCCCAUGGCGGCGUCGGAGAAGGUCCUGCGGGAGGGGGUGCUGGAGAAGCGCAGCGGCGGGCUGCUGCAGCUCUGGAAGAAGAAGCGCUGCCUGCUCGGCGAGAAGGGGCUGCGGCUCUUCGAGGCCAGCAGCCGGGGCUCGACGCGCUGCAAGGAGCUUGCCUUCGCGCACGUCAAAGCCGUCGAGUGCGUGGAGUGGAAGCAGCGGCACAUCUACUUCACGGUGGUGACGGACGACGGCGCCGAGAUCGACUUUCGCUGCCCUCAGGAAGAGCCCAGCUGGAACGCCGACAUCACUCUGGCGCUGGUGCGCUUCCAGAACCAGCAAGCGGUGCAGGUCGUGCGCGCCAGGCACAGCUGCAGGGCGGCAUUUCAACAAGAGGCAUCACCAACCACACAGAUUCUGGUGAAUGGGUCAAAGAAAUCUGACUCUCAGCUCAAUGUGGAGAGGGUAGAGGAAUUCAUACCCGUGAAUUCACCUGCUGGUGGACAAAAGGCCAUUCCUAGCUGCAACUGAACGAAGACCUGUACUUUCUCUGGUGCAGCAAAAUGAGAUAAUGCCUGGUGAAGCCAGCCAAAUAUGGAUCACAGCAAUGGUUAGAAACAGCUUCUGUUUUUCUGCUCUGUUUUUGCUGUGAUACGUAAGAACUUGGUCUCUAGAUAAGGCAUUGACAAAGUUUCCUAUUGGACUGACAGUUUGCUUUCUAUUGUCAGUAGUCUUAUCUACAGUGAUGGACAUCUGUGAUUCAGGAGACAGUUGCAGCAAGUGUGACAAAGCGGAAUCAUUCCAUCACUCAGUGUGCCACCAGCCUGGUGCUGGGUGAACCAUGCUGGAAUAAAAUGAACCCUGAGGGCGAAGAACAUGCUCGUUAUUGAAUCUGAGCAUGUCAGACAUGCUAUGGUAAUUUCACAGUUGAAAGAGCAGAGAGCAUCUGUCUUCAGUUAAUCAAGUGGCUGAUCUGGAAGGAGCAAUUGUAAGCCUGCCACUCUGAUCUGAGAAGUCACAUGUUAUCAGGAAGAUGCUGCUGGAAUAGAUGCAGAGAAUAAAAAAAAUUAAGCACCUUAAGAAGCAACCCAGUGGGAUUUUGGGAUCCUGAAACUUCUAUAAAUGAGUUGGUUCUGUGUCCCUCUGCUUUCUGCCAUAAGAUUAGCACUUGCUGAGCCAGUGUCCUGACAAUCCAUAAUUUCAGCUCAGUGAAUCACAUCAGCAUCCAUAUUGUGUAACGUUGCUCGUGUCUUAGAAUCCUUAGAUACCAUUCAUAGUAUUAAAGGGUGCAAACAUCAAGAUAAGAACAUCCAAAUUCACAUGCAAGUCUGAGGGCUUGUCUAUUUCAGUCUUCUGAAGACUGAAGGACGCCACCAUCGUUUUCUUCCACUGUCCCAAGACUUAUUUAUUUACUUUGGGGCAUGGGAAAGCAGGAAAUAGAAAGGUAAGAGCUCCCAUUGCCUUUCGAAACAUAUUUAUGAAUCCAAAAUGGCACUGGGACUGCCCCUAUCCCUUCUUGCCAGAAUCCCUGGUAAGAAGAUGGAAAACGGAUGCAGACUCAUCACUUAUUAGAGGCCUCUUUACCCUUAUUCAGGAGUUAUGCCUAACAAGUAAAACAGUGUGAAAUAAGAGUAUGCACUGUCCUGAAUAUUACCAUUCCUGCUUUCUUGUUCCCAUUUUUUUCAUAUUUGGGGAAACUCCCUGUUCUCAUGGAAGAGUCUACUAAUCUACUAAUGUUCAAGUGAAUGCUUGUUCCCCUUCAGUUUUUCCUAAUCAACACCAGAAACCACAGAGGGGAGGGAGGAUACUGGAAUAGGGCCACUAUACAUAGGAUCCUGACCCUGCUUGUCUUGAUCUUUUCUGUUCAGGCCAAAUACUCAAACACGGCUUAUACACAAUAGAAUUGGAAGGGACCUGACACAGGAAAGCCAUUAGUAUAACUAUUAAUAACAUUUCAAGAAAAUCAACAAUGCACACAUUUGCCUUGCUUUUGAAAAAUGCUUUUUAUCAUUCUUUCCUAGCUACUGUAAGUUCAUUACUUUGUAGUUACAGAUUUGUGUUCAAUAACUUAGGAGCAUUGCUAUAAAAAAUUGACUAUGACCUUAGCUACAUGAAAUCCAAAGGAAGAUUAUGGGAAGUCUGCCAGCGGUAGAAACCUUGGCCAUUAAUAAAAAUGUGAGGACAUUCCCUACAUUUAGUUUGGCUGUGUAUUGGUUAAAAUGACAUACAACUUCACAGUCUAAAAAGGAACACAAUAAUGAGGUUGCAGGUCCUCCUAAUCUGCUUUGCAUUACUUCUCAUGCAAGUAGUUUAGAAAUUUGGAUGGAAGGAGAAGCAGGAGUAGUAUGGAGGGAUGAUGAUGAUGUUGGUAAAGAGCUCUUCUCCUAUGGAACAGUGUUGUGGUCUGGAUCUGUACAAUGUCUGCUGCCUUGCCUGAUGUCUGUCACCAUCAGAAGCAUCAUUUUCUAUAGCUGAUGAAAAUAUUGUUUUCUGCUAUGCCAGUCUCUCAAUCUCCUCUGCUUCUCUUUGGUCCAUGACAACUAUUGGUAGUAUUCCAUGUUGUCAGUCCCCACUGCUGCUUCCCUUUCUGGGCACCACUGCCCUCCUCCCCCAUUUAAAUAACAUUGACUGACUAUAAGGAGCAAUUAUAAAUCUGUUCCUGACAAGCUAUACCUCCUGAAAUUUGGUAUAAUUAUUAAGAUCACUGUAACUCUUAAAAAUAAGGAGCAACAUGAGAAUACACAUUAAAAAUGAAAGUGGGUACCUUGUUAAUCAUAUGAGUUUUAGAUUAAAUUCUGUGUUGAAUAACUGCAAUGGAUACCACGAGCUUAGUUUCUUGUUCAGAAAGUGUAACUCACCAGAAUGUUGAAACAAUGAGCUCAUUACAAUAUUUUCUAGUAUCUUAAAAAGUAGUUAGUCUUUUUGGUGCUAUAAAGAUCAAGAAUUUUUUUUAUUUCAUCCUUUCAUCAUAAAUAACCUGAAUAAAUUGAUUAAAAAAACAACUAACAUGGCUCUGGUUUGAAUGUUAUAAAUGGCAAAGACUGAUUUUAAAAUUACUUCCAGGAAACCCUUCCCAAAUUACAGUGGGGUUUCUCUUAUUUGCAUUGCAAAAAAAUGCUCUGGGGGAAGUCCUGAAGUACAUGCUUAGUUUUUGUGAAGAACAGGUAGACAUCUCUGGUAUUGUUUCCCGUCUAAAUGGAGUAUAUCCUUUUGCAUAGAGGACACACUACCCUGGGAUUGUGCUGCUGAGGAGGAUUGGAGCAGUGGAUACACCAACUUCCAGGAAAGCUUGGCUCUCAUUUCUGUUCUCUAGAGGAACCACUGACAUCUCAUUCUAAAGUUUUGUAAAGUGGUUAGAGUGUUGUGUUAAGAAACUUACAAUGCUUUUGCACCCCAGCGUGUGUUGAACUUCUGAGCUCCACUUCUGAUCUACCUAGUGGACUUCUCAACCUACAUCUUAAUCUUCUAGAUCUUAAUAUAUUCUGCACUUUCAAUGCCAUUGUUACUAUAACUUUUUUAAAGUAGGGAGCAAUCUGUUCCAUUGUAUAUAAGAUAAGGUAGGCAUAACUAUUUCCAUAUUGCAUGUUCAAGUACAGUAUCUUGUCAAGGAUAUAUUAUUGACCCAUGCUCUCAUGCAGGCUCAUUGUGUUGCAGUUGCCACAUCUUCAGACCUCCAUGCCCCUGCACUGCCUUUGUUAAAACUGAGCCAACUCUGGCAGAGUUUAUACCAGGAGUUAAGAUGAUCCAAUAUUGGAAGUGAAAAUUAAAUCAACAGGUUCCCAAUGGCAGAAGAUUUUCCCUCUCUCUUUCAAGUCAUUCUCACCUUUAUUUGUCUCUACAUGUUAGUACUAAAAUCAGUUCAACUGUAUUUCUCCACCUACUGCAAAAUCCUUCUGCAAAAUGCAGCAAGAAAAAAGGUACAGUCAAUUCUUCUGGGUCUUAUCAAAUAGGUUUGAAUAUUACAAGAGUGAUUUUCUUCUCUCUCCUGUGAUAACUCCUAAAAGAGGUGACAAUCAUACUCACUGCAUUUCUUCUCCAUGGCCUCACAUCUUUCUCUCCACUGAACCCUGUGCAGAUCGUGGUAGCUCAGUAUUUCUUUCCAAUAUACUACCUGAGCUGAAAGACUUGUGGGUGUGGAGAUUCAUAUCACUUUUCUCUCUGCCUCUAGGGAUUGUUGUUACUAUUAUUAAAGCUAGAAAGGGCAAAGUCACUGGAUCUUCUGCUAUGUCUCAUUAAAUUGUG